AUGUCUCGUCUUCGUGGAUAUCUCUCCACUACACGCUCUGUAGUAUGCAUUCCUAGACCUCGUAGGAUCGAUGAAUUCAGAAACCCUUUAGAAUUCUUGAAUGGCAUACACGACGCGGUUGAAGCUCAUGGAAUCCACUUCAUGUCGACCGGAAACAUUCACGGAAACAUCACUACCCACACGGUCUGCAUUGGCGCACCAUCCGGCGACCCGACCAGAAAGGGUUUUCUCAUUGACAGCCCCGUAUUCAACCCCCUCUUCCAAUCAGCAAACAUCCUCUCUCAAAACACGAUCCCCACACGCAAAAGUCUUCCACAAGACUACAUCGAUGACCUCGAGUCCUUCUACUACAUCAUCGCUUGGGUUUCCAUGGCCUACAAAGCUCCCGGGAAAAUUAUCCCCACAAAACGCUUCCCGCGAGUCCUCGCCUGCUGGGCCGCCGAACCGGACACCAGGGAAGCUGCCUUGAACAAGGAGACGCUCCUGCGCAGCGACGGUUUUGACUGUCGUGUCCCUGGAACUGCGUUAUUUGAUGUGCCGGGCCUCCCCGCCUGUGUGAUUUUUGAGGCCCUGCUGGGCCUUAUUCAUCUUGUUUUGAGGCAUCUGUAUGCCGAAAAGUGGGCGAACUGGGAUGUACGCACUCAGACGUACACGGGGAAGUUAGCGUCUCCUAAGAAGGUCUACGCAACAAUUUUGGAUUACUUGAGGCGCGCAGCAUAUGCAAUGUCGACCAGCGUUGAACCUGCGCCCGGGAUGGAAGCUCACGGGGAGGAUGGGGAAGGAGGAGAAAUGUGGUGGGAUAAGUUGUUCACUGAGACUUGA